CGGAAGCAACCCUGCGAUCCAUGAGCGGCGCUUCUCAUAUACACGGCUGCCGGCUGGCUGGUCGCCAAAGACGCCUUGCGUCCUUCCCACGCUCCACAGCACACUCGCUCGCUCGUAUGCAGUAAUCGCUAAUCAAUAUGUCACAAACUCCCAGGUCGACGGUUGGGACCGUCAAGUCCUGGAACAGUCGCUAUUCAGGAUGGACUGAUGAUUCCUACGCCAUGCAAAACAGAGGAAUGGAGGAGGUAGAACGAGCAAAGCUGCGACCACCACGAACUUCGAACGAGGACUUUCCAUGGUUAUCAUCAGAAUUCGAGCCCAUCAAAGCGGUGCAAGAUGCGAGAACAGGAACGCCGCCGCAAUGGUUUCGAGAAGGGCAAAACGCAAACCGGAACAUCUCGACACGUUCGGGAAAAUCAAUACAAUCGGGACGAACAGGGAGAAGCGGUGCACGCGAUAGUAUUGUCGACUUGCAUUUGAUUGUGUCCGAUCUCGAUUACUACGCCGGUGCCGUACACGAUUAUCAGGCAGACGAGGAAGCCAACUUCGAGGACGAUCUCAAAGGAUGGGAUGAAGAACAAGCGUCUGGCGACUGGCCACUCUCCGAUGGCGAUGAAGGCAGCACAUUCGGUCAGAUCCAAAUCAUUCGAGAUGCAUCACGGAUGGGCAGGAACGGCACUGUCAAGCGCGGUGGUUCACAGAAGCAGGGCAAAGGCGAGAAAGAUCACAAUCUCGUCACUUGGGAUGGACCGGACGACCCAACGAAUCCGAAGAACUGGUCAAAACGCAAGCGAUGGGCGGCUACAAUCACAGUAUCGCUCUUCACAUUCAUCUCACCGGUAUCGAGUUCCAUGGUCGCACCAGCUCUGGCUCAAGUACGACAAGACCUCAACAUGAACAGCAUGUUCUUAGCGGAACUCUCGCUCUCAGUGUUCAUUCUCGGCUUCGCAUUGGGGCCUUUGUUUCUUGGACCGCUGUCAGAACUUUUCGGGCGACGAAUCGUGCUACUACUCAGCAAUGUAUUCUACUUUGCUUUCAACCUGGCCUGCGGCUUUGCAAACAACACUGGCGAGCUUGUCGCAUUUCGAUUCUUCGCCGGUCUCGGUGGCUCCGCGCCUUUGGGUAUUGGUGGUGGUGUUCUUGCAGAUCUCUGGCUUCCCACAGAACGUGGUAGAGCGAUGGCUCUGUACUCUCUCGCACCUCUUCUCGGUCCAGCAAUCGGUCCUAUUGCUGGAGGUUUCGUCUCAGAAUAUUCUACAUGGAGAUGGGUCUUCUGGUCCACUUCAAUCAUGGCUUUUUUCGUCGAGAUUCUCGGGUUCUUCUUCUUGCAGGAGACAUACGCCGCUACAGUUCUGGCCAAGAAGAAGCGCAGACUGAUUAAGCUCACCGAUAACAAGGACCUACACACCGAAUUCGACAACCCAUCGCGCAGUUUCGCAAACCAUCUCGGCGUUGCGCUCAAGCGACCUUUCAUCCUGCUCUUCACUCAGCCCAUUGUCCAGGUCCUGGCUCUCUACAUCGGCUACGUAUACGGAGUACUUUACCUCGUGCUCGCAUCUUUCCCGGCAGUAUGGCGGACUCAAUACAACGAAAGCGUCAGCAUCGGCGGCCUAAACUACAUCUCACUAGGUCUCGGCUUCUUGAUCGGAACACAAAUCGCUGCAAAAUUCGCAGACAGAAUCUACAAGAGACUAAAGGCCAAAAACAACGACAUCGGCAGAUCCGAGUUCCGCGUACCAUUGAUGUUCCCAGGUGCAGCGAUGGUGCCAAUCGGACUACUGAUCUACGGCUGGAGCGCCCAAUUCAGAGUCCACUGGAUUGUGCCAAAUAUUGGAACGGCGAUUUUUGCAGCUGGAAACCAACUUGUUUUCCAGAACUGUCAAACUUACCUCGUCGAUGCGUACACGAGGUAUGCAGCAUCUGCGAUCGCCGCAACGGCAGUUUUGCGAUCUUUGGGAGGUUUCGGAUUUCCGUUGUUCGCAAGUGCAAUGUACAGCGGCCUUGGCUAUGGCUGGGGCAACACCACUCUGGCAUUCAUCGGCAUUGCAGUCGGCAUUCCUUCGCCAUUCAUCCUAUGGUGGUUCGGAGAAGCGUUGCGGAAGAAGAGUACUUUCGCUGCAGGAUAAGCGGAAGCGACGAGAAAAGACACAUUUGUUCGGACUUGAUGUACAGCCGCAGACGUUCCCAGAAUGUCACGAAAGCUAUUCGUUUUUAAUUUGCUAC